UACAGCUGCUGAUGCCAAGGUCUGAGAGUGAGACAGACUGAGGGAGACCUGAGGCUCGGAGGGCUCGCACGUGCGGAGCGGCGUCAGAAACUUGUGGGCAAAGAGGACAGGAAAACAGAUUCACAUACGCACACAGCUGGACAGAUGAGGAGGGAUCAGGGACCACGCUUCAGUCCUGGGUGUCUGGCGCACUCACCCUGCCUGUAACAGGCGAGGAGUCAGAGGACCAGGGCCAUGACUGGCUCUCCUGGCCAUGGUGGGCGUGCCUUAGUGCCAUGGCCGAAGCUGUGGCGAUGGGUCCUGGCGACUUCACUGGUUACCAUGAUAACCUUGACACUGCCAGGAAACAGCCACGCCUGUCCGCCACGGUGCGAGUGUUCAGCCCAGCUAAGGUCAGUGUCGUGCCAGCGACGGCGGCUCACCAACAUCCCAGAGGGUAUUCCUACAGAGACGCGGCUCCUGGACCUCAGCAAGAACCGGCUCCGCUGGGUGCAGGCGGGAGACCUGGCACCGUACCCACGACUGGAGGAAGUGGACUUCAGUGAGAACCUCAUCUCCACCUUAGAACAGAAUGCCUUCUCCACCCUCCAGAAUCUUAAAGUGCUGAAGUUAAGGGGGAACCAGUUGAAGUUGGUGCCCAUGGGAGCCUUUGCCAAGCUUGGCAAUCUUACCAGCCUAGACCUUAGUGAGAACAAGAUGGUGAUUUUAUUGGACUACACCUUCCAGGACCUGAAAAGUCUAAAACACCUGGAGGUCGGAGACAACGACCUGGUUUAUAUAUCCCACAAGGCAUUCUCAGGUCUGCUGGGGUUGGAGGACCUCACAAUAGAGCGCUGCAACCUGACAUCCAUCUCUGGUCAGACGCUGUCCUACCUCCGCAGCCUGGUCACUCUUCGCCUUCGCCACCUCAGCAUCACUGCCCUGGAGGACCAGAACUUUCGCAAGCUAUCAAGCUUGCGGGGUUUGGAUAUCGACCACUGGCCGUACCUGGAGUACAUUUCCCCUCUUAGUUUUCAGGGCUUGGACCUCCACUGGCUCUCCAUCACCAACACCAACAUAACUUCUGUCCCCUCGGCCUCCUUUAAGAACCUUGUCCACCUCACCCACCUUAACCUGUCCUACAAUCCAAUCACCACAUUAGAGCCUUGGGCCUUCAAAGACUUGCUGAGGCUGAAGGAGCUCAUCAUGGUAAGCACAGGUUUGAUGACAGUGGAGCCCCAUGCCCUCGGAGGCCUCCGACAGAUCCGCGUGCUCAACUUCUCCUCAAACGACCUACAGACACUGGAAGAGGGCUCCUUCCAUUCUGUCAACAGUCUGGAGACCCUCAGAGUGGACGGGAACCCCCUGAUGUGUGACUGCCGUCUGUUGUGGAUCCUGCAAAGGCGCAAGACCCUCAAUUUUGACGGCAGAGUGCCGGUGUGUGCGGGGCCGGUGGAGGUGCAAGGCGUCAGCCUCAGCUCCUUCACCGAUUCUGCACUCUUCGAUCACUUCACAUGCCAGAAACCUAAGAUACGCAACCGAAAACUGCAGCAGAUGAUCGCUCGUGAAGGCCAAGCGGUGAGUUUUCUGUGUCGAGCCGAAGGAGACCCUCCCCCUUCUAUUGUCUGGAUUUCUCCACAGCGCAGGCGGAUCACAACUAAGAGUUCAGGGCGCAUUAUAGUUCACCCAAGUGGCACCCUGGAGAUCCGCUACGCCCAGCUCACUGACAGUGGGACAUACAUCUGCAUAGCCAGUAACGCCGGAGGCAAUGACACCUACUUUGCCACACUCACGGUGCGUGGCCAACCGCUGGAUGCCGCCUCAGCCUUCUUUCUCAACCGCUCGCUGUACAGCAGCGAGUUCUUCAACGACACAAAUCUAAACAGCACACGCGUUUUCCUCAAGUUCACCUUUGACCUGACCACCAUCUUGGUCUCCACGGCAAUGGGCUGCAUCACGUUCCUCGGGGUUGUCCUCUUCUGUUUCCUGCUGUUGUUCGUGUGGAGCCGGGGACGCGGGCAACGCAGGAACAACUUCACAGUGGAGUACUCCUUCCGGAAAUCUGAACCCGCCACUGGAAGCUCUUCAGGAGGGACCAGGAAGUUUAACAUGAAAAUGAUAUGAAACAACGCAGCCAGGGGUCCCUCGGGGGAGGCAUGAGCACGUCCCAUAAACGUGUUUGACACACGCAAACGCACACAGCCUCUGACUCGCAAAGAAGCUUGACAGCACAAGUCCCUGUCCGUGGCUCCACUCAUUCGAGCACCCACAACAAAACCGGAGCCACUUCUCAAUUUGGUCCGAUUUGUGAACAAAAACAAUCUGACCCUGAUCUCUCAGCAGUUUUAUUCAGCUUGUGGUCAAAAUUUCCUUAAAUUAUACCUUAAGGAGUGCUAGCUACUUGUCAUUUAUGCUUAAUAGGCACAGAAGAAAGAACAUAUAGGUGAUAAGAUGUAAAUUGGCACGAUCACUGGCCUGUGGAACAGUGAUAGUCCUGUUUCUCAUUUACUUUAAUGAGAAAUGAUAAGGUUUCCUUUUUAAUUUCAAUUUCUCUUUUUUUUGUAGAGUCAGGGAUUUGAAAAGAAAUUCAGUACAGAGAGCUUCUGUCCAUUAAUUACUCUCUCUAAAGCCUGCCGUGCUGCUAAUCAUGCAUGUAGCUUUAAGCUGUAAGUUUGUACCACUUAUAAAAACACAUAGCUUUGAAAGACAGUUAAAUAUGUUUUUCUAUUUAUUCUGACCACCGCUGAGGAGUAAGGAUUACAAAGAGCAAAACGUUUUAUGAAUAUUAUCAUAUGGCCUUUGCUUUUAUGCACAAAAGCUGAAAAAUAAUAAGAUUUGCAUAAAGCAAGAAAAAAAAUCUGGCUUUUUCUUCUUUGUGAGGUUUUACAACAUUAGCUGUGUGAGUUUGGGACGAGCGCACCGGCUGAGAGUUGCUGUAGCUGCCUGUGGCCCGGUGGGUUUGGUUUGAAAGUCGUGCCCACCGGUCACAGGCCACCACUGUAACCAUGCCAACCAACACAGGAGGGACCAGGAUGGUGGCCACAGGAGGGUUGCUGGGUAGAAGAGGAGGGUGACUUCUGUUCCCUCUGCCCUGCCUCCCCUUCGUGCUCUUCUUCAACACAAGAGGGUCAACCUGCCUCCUGCCCCUCGUCCCUGCUGUGUUGGUGGACACCCAACCCUACCAGCGCUGCCAGGGGGGAGCAGCCUGGCGAGUUGGUUCAUACUUAGAGGCAGACAGAGGACACACGGUCCCACUAGGAGGUGUUCACAUUAACGCACAUAAACACCCUCAUCCUACGAGUGGAAGGCGGCACACGUACAGCCUCUUUUCUCAGGAAAAGUGAAAUAACUAGCCUACAGAGUGAGAAUGGUUAUGCAUAUUUACUCUGAUAAACUGUAAAACAUUCCAGCAAUACUUUAUGUGGAGCCAUAAAGCUAAAAGUCCAUUCUCCGAGAGAGAAGUGAUGUGAAUUCGUAAGUGCAUAAGCUAAGCCAUAGUUGUGUAGGUUGUAUUUUUAUACAGUAGUGUGUGCAUGAUUCAGUUAUAUAAUUAUUGCCACUGCCAUCUUACAAGCUGUCGCAAUGAUCACAAGACCAUCUGCUGUCACCGGGCUUGCAUAAAGUUUCACCUCAUAGCACGCACACACACGCACGCACACACUCAGAGGAGAUAAAACCACAUCGAGGUUAUUUGGGCUGAUAGGAACAACACUCAGCGACACACGGACCAAUGAAAAUCCACAAAGUGCGGCACUCGCUGCUCUCUGUCUGUCUCUCAGAGGGCCGGUGUGCGAAUGUCUCUGCCCCCCUAGCCCAGUGCUUCCCCCCCUCCUCACCCACAUCCCCCACACACCCCCACUGGGUCCUCCUUUGGGAGGGGUCCCUGGCUGGAGACCGAGGAUUUAAAAUGUAAAUGAAGUCGUGUUAACCCUACCCACGCCAUGUGCAUCGUAUAGUGGAGAGUAGUACUGUGGUUUUAAAAUGGGAAAAAAAAAGACAAAAAGACAAAAAAUGUUCUUGUUUUAAAGUGUUCUGUUUGUCCUUCAGUUUAUUUUCUUUUUCUUUUUUUUCAGUUGUUGUUCUCUGUGACCUUUUGGCUGUUUACCGUUUUAAUGUUCUUCGUCCUCCAUGUGGGAUUGUUCUCUUCUCAACACCUCAUGCAGUAGCACCCUUUCAGAUCUCAAGGUGCACGUAAGCCUAAAGCAGGCAGAGCAUUAAGUUCAUUCACAGCUGAGACUUGAUCUAAAGCUGUUCUGUUGAGAAGAAAAAAAUGUUUUCAAAGUUAAAAGAUUAAACGGAUAGUUACUAGUUACUAAAAGCUGUGAAAUUAAAACUUUACACACUAAAGUAAAUCAUCGAUUUACCAUAGACUGUAAAACGCAGCCUGAUUCACUCAUCCUGAUGACAGCUUUGGCUUAUUGAAUACUCAAAUUUGACAUUUUAGCUGCUGCCAUUUUUUUUUUUUAAAUGGACAUGUCCAUACAUCACACUGUAAUAAUAAAUGUGAUGUUAACUUUAAUUACAUGAAAAACUGAGCAGCUCACACACUGCGGUGUCUUUUAAAACAACCAAAUCCUGAAUGAGAACAAAUUAGAGGUGCGCCGAUCGAUCAGCUGGGGACAGGAAUCGGCGGAUUUUCAGCAGUGACCAGCCAAUGAGCCUCAUGUGUGGACGUUUCAGCAUGCACAACACGUGCACAGCAGCAUAGGCAAAUAAGCAAAGUUCGCCAAAGUUAAACGCAGGGGAGGAACACCCCAAAAACUUUUGUAAUGACAGACCUAAUCAGAUACUUCAAUCACCAAGCUGAACAUGAAUAUUUUAAAGAAACUAACAAUGGAAAAGUGGAUAUAGCUAAAGCUAUCCAGAGCUCAGAGAGCCUCGGUAUGAGCAAUGAAUCAAAGCCACAAAAAAAGGGGGGAGAGAGAAAUGGGUUGGUGUCCUGUUAUCUGGUGAAAUCCUGUUAAAUAUAUAUAUAUAU